AAAAAAUGAUGUAAAUCUCUUCGAAUCAAGCACUUCUAUGAUGCUAGAUUCCUUUUCAUUUGGUUAUUUGAGAUAUAACACCCAUAAGAAUCGUUUAUGUACCAUAAAAAAGGUGAAGGAAGUGAUUCUGCAGUGUCUAAUUAAUAACGGAAAAGCAACUAUUACUUUUUUUUAAGGAAAAGGACCAAUUUAUGUUUAAAUAAUGAACAUAAAUCGGGAUAAAUGAGUUAGGCUGUGUUGAAUAAUACAAAGUCAAGUUGCAGUAAAGAAUUGAAGGUUUAGGAUGCCUCCAAAGGUGAUUUAUUCAAAAUCCUUUUUAACCCAACUGAAACGCUGCGACUCGUAAGAUUAGAUGGAGUGUUUUUUAAAGGAUUAAGUGAAAUAACCCAAAAAGAAAAUCAAAAAUGAGAUUUUAAAAUUAUCUGUUUAAUAAUUUAGUCUUAAAAAUGGAGUGUAAAGUGGUUCGAGCCCCUAAUUUAAAGCGAGGGAAAACCGAGGACAGAAUUACCGAUAGGAUUAAAUUAGAAAAAGUAUUGGGAGUGACGGUUUCGAGUAAUUCAGCGCUUCAUUCGAGUCCAAACGGAGAUCUUAUUGCAUAUCCGGCCGGGUGCACUGUGGUUUUAUUUAACACCCAAACCGGCGAACAAAACCAUAUCGUCAACACCAAUCGGAAAAGCAUCACAUCUUUAGCGUUUUCAUCUUGCGGACGAUAUUUAGUAACAGGUGAAUUUGGUCACCAACCAGCCGUCCGAGUAUGGGAUUUACAAAGCGACCCUCAAUCGACCCAACCGGGACUUUUCCCGCAACCUCAACAAAUCGCCGAAUUUCAAUCGCACAAAUACGGAAUAUGCUGCGUGGCGUUCUCGCCGUCGAACAAAUUCGUCGUUUCAAUCGGCACGCAACACGAUAUGAUCGUAAACGUGUGGGACUGGCGGAACAACGUCAAAGUGGCCAGCAACAAAGUCAGCAUGAAGGUAAAGGCGCUCGCUUUCGCCGAAAACGGGAGUUAUUUCGUCACAGUGGGUAAUCGGCACGUCAAGUUUUGGUUCCUCGAGUAUGGAAAGGCUAAAUACACGGAGGCGGUGCCGUUAAUGGGACGCUCCGCGAUUUUGGGGGUCCAAAGGAAUAAUUAUUUUUGUGAUGUCGCGUGCGGGAGGGGACAAUGUGGUGAUAGUACAUAUGCGGUUACCAGGUCCGGAUUACUUUGCGAGUUUAAUAAUAGAAGACUGCUUGAUAAAUGGGUAGAGUUAAGGACAACUAGUGCCAAUUGUAUUGUGAUAGGUGAAAAAUACAUUUUUGUUGGUUGUGCUGAAGGAAUCGUGAGAUGUUUUGACCCGAUUACGCUUCAUUUUGUUACUACUCUUCCAAGGACUCAUUAUUUAGGAGUCGAUGUUAGUUCUGGUUUGGCAAUCCAACACAUGUCUUCCCCACCUUCUGAGGCGAAAUACCCCGAUACAAUAGCAGCGACUUACGAUGAAACCAACAAUAAAUUAACUUGCAUUUACAACGAUCACUCGAUUUAUAUUUGGGAUGUCCACAAUAUUAGACGUGUGGGGAAAUCGCAUUCUUUCUUGUUUCAUUCCGCGUGCAUUUGGGGCGUGGAGAUGGCCCCACCGAGUGGGGGGGCUUUACCACCGGGCAGUUUUUUAAGUUGUAGUUCAGAUGACACGAUUCGUCUUUGGACGUUAGAUAAACUCACGCAAAACACGUCCCGGGGGAUUUACCAAGGAAAUAUUUAUAGCGAUGAAUUGUUAAAAUCCGUCUACAUUGAUGAUGAAUUAACCUUUUUGAAAGACACCGAUUUAUCCCAAACGAACGUAUCAACCCCGGCUGAUAAAACGGAGACCAAUACAUCAUACGAUAGCAGAAAUGGCGUUCGUUGCGUUAAAUUAAGCCCAGAUGGGAAACACUUAGCGAGUGGGGAUCGCGCCGGAAACAUCCACAUCCACGAAACUGGAAAUAUGAAAGAAAUCUUAAAAAUCGAAGCCCACGACGCUGAAGUACUUUGUUUAGAGUAUUCAUCCUCAGAGUAUUCCGACCACAAAUUGUUAGUGAGCGCAAGUCGAGACCGUUUAAUUCACGUAUUCGAUGUAUCAAACAACUACGCUUUUUUACAAACCCUCGAUGAUCACUCAUCAUCAAUAACAGCGGUGCGAUUAUUAAACAGCCCGGAUGGAUCGUUACAGAUGGUUUCGUGUGGUGCCGAUAAAUGUUUAAUUUUUCGCUCGCUUGGUGGGACCCCGAAUGGGAGUGCUCAAUUCACCCGUGGUAAUAACGCAACCGGAAAAGCGACCUUGUACGAUAUGGAAGUCGAUUCGGGGCAAAAACACGUCAUAACGGCGUGUCAAGAUCGAAACGUGCGCGUUUACAGCGUUGCAACGGGAAAACACACGAAAAGUUUUAAAGGGAGUACCGGUGAUGAAGGCACGUUAAUUAAGGUGGCUUUAGAUCGAUCGGGAAUUUAUUUAGCAACAUCUUGUACUGAUAAAUCGCUGAGCGUUUAUGAUUAUUACACCGGUGAAUGUAUGGCUACGAUGUGUGGUCAUUCUGAGUUAGCCACUGGGUUAAGGUUUACCAAUGAUUGUAAAAGACUGAUUUCUGCGAGUGGGGAUGGUUGUAUAUUCGUAUGGAAAGUUCCUCAUGAUAUGGUUGUUACGAUGCAUGCUAGGCUCAGCCAACAAGCGAUGAGGCAAGGGAAAGCAUUAGAUUCCGAUAUUUUUAGUGAUGGGGGGCAAAGUUCCGAAUUAUACGAAAGUGGAAUAGAUAAUUACAGAUUUAGCGUAGGACAAUUACCUCAAUGGGCUCGAAAACGCAUCCCGGAAGUGACGAGCACCCCUGCUUCUCCCUACAAAGUGGCGCCACCUAAAGGGCGUUGGGCGCAACGAGCCGAAGAAAACAUUUUGACGUUUUAUUCCGCUAAUAGCGUUAUUUCUUUCAGCUCAAUUGGAGAUCGAAGAGUCGAUUCGGACGGUUCAAAAGAUAGCUCGUUAGAUAGCGGCACAGAAUCGAGACAAUACCGCGACGAUUUCAAACAAACCCCACAAACGAACAUAACCUCAAAUUCUCCAUCAUCUCGUCUUCCUUCGUCGGAAAGGACGCGGAUUCUCACCGAUGAUAGCGCUUUGGGGUCGUUAGGGCGCGAUCCCGAUACUGAAUCGACAGCGCAUGAUGCUGAUAUUGACUCGGAUCAUGAAUAUAAUCGGCAUCAGCGGCACCAUCAUCAUCAACCGCUUUAUUAUCCGUCCCAAAUUGAUUCUGCGAGUGGGAGUGAAUUCACCGUUACGAAUAUUGACGCGGAUGAGUUGCGGAAAUCAGUGAGAAAAUCGAAAAGGAAUUUCCCAUUGAUUCCGUUAGCGGUUCAACAACCAACUUCGAUUUCCGGAAGUCAAGAAUCCGAUGAUGAUGACGACGAGGCUUCAACUCCGAGCGGUGAAAACACCGAUAGAAAUCCGAUGUCUUUCUUAUCGGUUAGUUCGGAAUCGUUGGAUCAAUUAAGUAAUCGUGAAAAAUAUUUGCAAUCAACGUUCGAGAGUUUAAGUGGUGUUGAGACGAUGGAGGCUUCAACCCCUGGAUUGAAUAAAUCCUCAAUUUCCUCUCAGUAUCACACGAGAUUGGGGGCGACCACGACGCAAUUGCGGAAUAUAAACGUUAUUAAUGCGACGAGGCAAGCGAAAAACGACCCGGACACUUUAAAAAAAAGGGAGGAGUUAUCGAAAAUGAUUGCCGACACCAAAAAGAAAUUAGCUAACGUGGGUCAUAACAGCCCGUUGAAAUAUAGUAAAUCGAUUCACGAUCUUUCCCACAUUCCGGAACGUGAUAAAUGGGGUAGUCCUAAUGGAUCAUUAUCGCGGGGUGACAUCCAAAGUCCUAAAUCAGGUACGGAACAACAGAGUUGCCAAUUUCUUCGUCCACCCGAAAUCAUAAACUGUAAGGAUUUUCCUUACACGAUCACAGACACGGAUUCGACGGAGCUGCAACCGUGCGGCUGUCACCACCUUAACCAAAACCCAUUAUUAUCCAUUACUAACAUAACAACGCCAUCUAAUAACGCAAAUAACAAUAACACAGAUAAUUUAGUUAAUAAUAGUUUGGUUUUAAGUGAUAUAUUAAAUAAAAGUCCCGAAAGGAAUGUUAAAAAUUUAGCCGCGAUGAUAAAACCGAGAAAGUUACAACUCGAUAAAACUUUGGUUAAAUACAAAAUGCAUAAAAGCUUACCCGUUUCCCCGGUAAACGAAGAGGUGAGUUUUUCCGAUUUUAUCGAUAAAGAUAAGGGCCCAAGAAAAUCAUUCAGCUACUUCGUCGACUUUAAAGACGAAAAUGACACCGAUAAAGGUUUCCGAGAGAUUUGCGACGAUAUCGAACGAUUUAGUAAAGAUUUAAACUUAAACGUUGAGGAUGAUGAUAAUUUUAGCUCCGAUUCAUUAGAAGAGUGCAGCUUUAACAACACAAGCAAAAAAUCGAAGAGCUUAAUCCCUCCGAGGCGGUGCGUCUCGAAUAACGAAAUUUACAAAUACCAAAAAGAAUUGGAUUACACCGAGUUUUAUCACCACCACGAAUGCAAUUUACCAAAAAGUAAUAGCUUCUAUUUGAACCCGAGUAAUAAAAACUCGCAAGAUUCGAUUUUAUCCGAAGAAAAUUUUGAGGUUAUAAGUAAUAAAAGUUAUUGUAAUAGCCUCGAAAGCGUUUUAUCGAACGAUUCCGAUUGCAAAUCGGCCCCUUUAGAGGUUUUAUUUUCAUCUUAUCGCAAAAAUAAAAGCUCUCAGAGCGAAAUUAAUUUAAAACGAUCUCACACUUUUACAUCGAGCGAAUUUAACCUCAAAAAUGAAUUCAAUCAAAAACACGUCGAAACACAAACCGAUUUGCUAAACGAGGUUGUUUUUAUUAAAAAGUCUGUUAAAUCGCCGAUGAUGAGCGUCGAUUUCCAAAAAAAAUUGGAGAAAUUUGAGAAAAUUACGAAAAAUUUUAAUAAAAACGAAGAAGUUAAUAAGGGAGGUUAUGUUUACGAACGUGAAAUUAGCUCAAAACAAUGUCAAGUUGGUCUCAAUCAAUGCGAAGUUGGUUAUAAACAAGGUUACAUUAAUGAGAACAUAACCUCAAAAAGAAAUUCGCAAAAAGGGAUUUCUUUUGUGGUUGAAACUAAAUCGGGGCCGUCUAAAUCGAGGGAUAUAAUGCAUAUUCCAUCGUUGGAGUCGAAAAAUAAACAAUAUAAAAGUAAAUAUCGUAAUGUGUUGAAUAAUAAGCCGGAGAUGAAUUUGGAAAUUUUCGAGUCGAGUCUUGGUAAUCAAAAAUUUACAUUAACGAAUUUAAAUUUUGAGCGAAAUCGGAAUCAAAUACAAGAAACUUCCUCAUUGGAUCGCCAUUUAUUAUCGAAAGGUUUGUUUGAUGAUAAAAAGGUUUUUCAUAAGCCUCCAAAAGCGAUUCGGAGACACAGCUCGAAAACUCGAAAAAAAACCUACGAAUACAUCAAAAAAGAAGAUUUUUAUAAAAACAACAAAAAUAAUAACUUGGAGAAUUUAGCCCCUUCGAAUUCAUCGUCGGAACGAACUAUCGAGAUUAAUUAUAAAGAAAAAAACGUAGACAAAGAUUGCGAAAAUGGAAAUAAUUUUUUAUUAAAAUCAAAUAACUUCGAUUUUGAUUCUUUAGAGAAUAAUUUAAAUGUCGACGAGAAAUUUUACGACAGUUUGGAGACGAAAAAUUUGUGGGAUCACUCGGAAAAAGACAAAUUAAAGGUAAAUAAAAACGUGGUCCAAAUGAAUUCGUCUUCGAUCGAUCGGAUCCAAUCGGCACUCGAAAACAUUAAGAUUUUAAACGAAAUCCAAAAGAAAAUUCAAACGAUAAACGAUUUAGUUGAAUGUUUUAAGCAAAACGUUUCGAAGGGAAAAGUUCGGGCUUUAUCGAAUAUGUACGAAACGAUGAUGAGUAAUUCGAGGAGUUUGCAUAAUAAUUUAGGAGGUCCUCCGAAAGUGAGAAGGCGAAAUUUAAGCUUACCUAAUUUCGUUGAGCGAAGAUUAAAUCCAACGCCGAGUGAUAAAAAUCAAGUUUCAGGGAAACACCAAAAAAGUACUUCCGUUUCAUCAUCGAGAAUGACCGUUCAUGGAGCCGGUGGGGGUACGCAAAGCAUUAGUAACGGGAGGGGUUAUAAUAAAACGUUAAAUAUGGUUUCGAUGAUGAAAAGUAGCAGUACAAGUGCUUUGAAUCAGCCCCAAUCGGAUUCCGAGCCGGAGAUAAUCGCCGAAAAGAAAAUUUCAAGUAGGCUUAUGCGUCCCACUAUUAGUUCAUUAAAUAAAUUAGCUAAUAAAUCGACUAAUAACACACUUCAUCGCAAGAGGCACGCUCAUUCCGUUAUGAAUUUAAGCACUGUGGGGAAUGGGGACACCAGUUCGGAGGAUGAGGCGGCCAAAAUCGUGCAAAAACCCGUCGUUCCGCCACGAACUAGGAAUUUAUCGGAGUUGCGAAAAAAUUCUUCGGGAAAAGAUUCGGGGAAAAAUCUACGAAAAAAAUCGGUCGAGAUUCAAGACGAUUUAGAAACUACUUUAAUUGGGAUUGAUGUUGAAUCUCCUGAAAAAUUGGAUGUCUCUACAGCUCAAUUAUCAAAACAACUUUGUGAUAAAGUAGCAGAAUCAUUAACGAUAGCUGCGAAUAAUGUUGAAGAGCUUUAUCGAAGAUUAUGGGUUGAUUCAUCAUCAGAGGAGCCUCAACGGAAUGUAAAAAAAUCCGAUAUGGUAAAAAAUUUGGAACUAUCGAUUGCGAGGAUGCAAAAUGUGCUUCAAGAUGUAGCGUUAAAGCGGAUCCAAUUAAAUGUGACAACGAAUGGUUGCGGUGAGACGGUGAAUCAAACUGAGAAGAUUAUUGCGUUGAAAGAAUUGUUUUCGAAGGGUGUUAUGAACGAUCAAGAUGCUUUCGUGAAAGUAAUGCAGCAAUAUUCUGAUAUUUUGUUGACGAUGAUGCAUCAAAAGAUACAAAGUGAUUAAAAUGUUAUUGAAGAAUUGAGGUUAUGUCAUUCUGAGGAAUUGAAUGUGGAAUUAAUUGAAAGCGAGGACCUCUACUGCCAAAAAAAAGAAGUUAAUUUGUUAUGUUUUUUAUUAUUGAAAGUGAUUAUUUGUAUUUAUUCCAAGAAUUAGUUU